AUGCCGCCCCUGCCGCCGGACACGAAUUCUCCAGCAGCUCCAAAGAGCUACACACCUCAUCUACUCCAUAAAUUCGAUUCUCCAGCGGAGCUCAAACAGCUCCAUGCCCACCUUGUCAAAACCAAUGCCUCUAUCUCCGUCCUUCCAUUACCCAAAGUUGCUUCUGUUUGCUCCCGCGGCCGCUGCUUCCCCUACGCCCAACAUAUCUUUGCUCGCUCCGACAACCACGACACUUCCGUCUGGAAUUCGUGCCUGAGAGCUCUGGCAGAAGGCGAUCACCCCAUCGAUGCCGUCUCGCUGUUCUACCAGAUGCGUACGUCGGGUGUCUUGCCCGACGCGUUCACUUGCUCCUUCCUUCUCAAAGCUUGCGUGAGCUUGUUAGAUAUCGCUAACGGUAAAAUCCUUCAUGGGGUUGUUGAGAAGCUUGGGUUUGGGUCGAAUUUGUUUCUGCAAAACAUGAUCUUGAAUUUGUAUGGACUGUGUGGGGAAAUGGCUGAUGCAAUGUUACUGUUCGAUAAAAUGCCUCAAAGAGAUGUCGUCACUUGGAACACCAUGAUUUCGGGCUGUGUCCAGUGCGGGAAACCAAAAGAAGCCAUUGAUUACUUCCUGGAGCUGGAAGAAGAAUCUGGGUUGCGGCCUAACCAAGUCACGGUUGUAUCUGUACUUGCAGCCUGUGCUGAUCUCUGCGCUCUAGAUUUGGGGAAAAGGGUUCACGAGUACUCUAACAGAAGCGGGUUCAAGAAUAACGUGCUCGUCUGCAACACCUUGAUCGACAUGUAUGCCAAAUGCGGUUCCCUGGAGGAAGCCAGCAGAGUUUUCGACGAGAUGGAAGGAAAACGAACCGUGUUUUCAUGGUCUGCAAUGAUUGUGGGACUUGCAGCGCAUGGACGAGCUCAGGAAGCCCUGAGCCUCUUUUCAAGCAUGCUCCAGGAUGGAACAGAACCAAACGGUGUUACAUUCGUGGGUCUGUUGCAUGCCUGCGCCCAUAUGGGUCUUGUCGACGAAGGUCGAGCCUUUUUCACCAGCAUGACUCGGGAUUACGGAAUAACUCCAGGGAUCGAGCAUUAUGGCUGCAUGGUUGAUCUCCUGAGUCGAGCUGGACUAGUGAAAGAGGCUUAUGAAUUCAUCAUGGAAAUGCCUAUUAAACCGAAUGGUAUCAUCUGGGGUGCUCUUCUUGGUGGUUGUAGGCUUCACAAAGACAUCAAGUUGGCUGAGCAAGCAAUUCAGCACCUCUCUGUACUGGAUCCUCUCAACGAUGGGUAUUACAUCGUGUUAUCGAACAUCUAUGCAGAAGCUGGUCGAUGGGAAGACGUGACGAGAGUAAGGAAGUUGAUGAAGGCGAGAGGGGUGAAGAAAACCAGCGGGUGGAGUAAAAUAACCCUGGAUGACGGAAUCGUUCAUGAAUUCGUGGCUGGAGAUGAGAGCCACCCGCAGGCUGAAGGCAUAUUUCGAAAGUGGGAUGAACUCGUUGUUGAGAUGAUGCUUAGAGGGUACGUUGCCAAUACUUCACUAGUGCUGCUCGACAUCGAAGAGGAGCAGAAGGUGAAGUUCAUUUAUCGUCACAGCGAGAAAUUGGCUGUGAGUUUCGGGCUGUUGAACACUCCGGCUGGAACGACGAUCAGGAUCAUCAAGAAUCUACGUGUUUGUGAGGAUUGUCAUUCGGCUUUGAAACUGAUAGCGGCCAUCUCUGGUCGUGAGAUUGUUGUGCGUGAUCGUAAUAGGUUCCAUUGUUUCAAGGACGGAUGCUGUUCUUGUGGGGAUUAUUGGUAA